CCGCUCUGGGCUGGGGCAAGCGAGAGCGGCCCCCGGCGAGGAGGCGGCGGCGGCGGCGGCCGCGUACUUCCCCAGCCUGCGGGCGGGAGCUUCGGAGGGAGCCCGGAUGAGCUCUGCAGAGCUGGCCGGGCGGGCCCGGAGCUCCCCGGUGCCCGGAGCGGGCCCCGCCUGACCGGGAUGCCACUUUGACCAGAGCCCCACGGCUUCGGGGACACAGCAACUUGGUGAGGGGAACAGAGCUCCGGACUGGACAGCCCCGGAGCUGGCCGCAGUUCCCCUUUCGGGUCUCCAUCCUGGGCUCAGAGGGGAAGAGAACCUCGGGCCCGCGGGUAGAACCAGCUGGCACCGCCUGGGGCAGGUAGAGUCUGAAGCUAGUGGAUGAAGAGACAGAAGCUAAAAGAUUCCAAAAAAGGAUGCGUGAGAGGGCCACGCAGACCUGGAACACGGGCGGCUGGCUGCUGGCACUUUGCCUGGCCUGGCUGUGGACCCGCCUGGCCUCAGCUUCCUUGCAGCCUCCAACUCCGACAGUCCCCGUGAAGCAGGGCACCUGCGAGGUGAUCGCCACCCACCGCUGCUGUAACCGGAACCACAUUGAGGAGCGCUCCCAGACCGUUAAGUGCUCUUGCUUUUCCGGCCAGGUGGCCGGCACCACCCGGGCAAAGCCCUCCUGUGUGGAUGCCUCCAUAGUCCUGCAGAAGUGGUGGUGUCACAUGGAGCCCUGCCUGCCAGGGGAGGAGUGUAAAGUGCUCCCGGACCUGUCGGGGUGGAGUUGCAGCAGUGGACACAAAGUCAGAACCACCAAGGUGACACGAUAGCUCUUGGGGUCAUGACCUGACAGCUUGAUUGAGCCAUGGACGAGAGGAGGGUGUCCAGUCAUCAGCCGGCAAAUAUUGGGAUUUGCUUACCUGACCCAUACCCUAUGCCCAGUACACGGUCCUCUUUCCAGGGGCAUUGCAGUGAAACUUCUCAGCAGAUCCAGACUUCAUAUCUCCAGGCCCAUCUCCAGUCACAUACCUGUGAUGCUGGCCUCUCCUGGGAGACAGAAGACGGUCAAGAUACAAUCCCUACCCUUUAAGGAAUGUUCAGUCAAGUUGGAGAGCAGACCAGAGGCAACCUGGACAAUUUAGACUAAAGUGUGUGGUAUCAGACUGUGGUUUCUGGACCAUAUGCUGUGAGCAUGUUGGGGUUUGGGGAGGAGACUCCCACAGCUCAUCGGCCACCCCCUAGCCACAGGGCACAAAGACAAGAGGUCAUAUUCACCACCCACCACUUCCCCACUUCACGUCCCUCUGAAUCCCCUGCAAGUGCUGACCUGCUAAAGGAAAACUCUCCCCUGAUGCUUGACCAGCUGUAUCUCAUUUGAAUGGGACUGAAUUGACUUGGGAAGGGAAAACCGAGAUGAAGUCGAACAACUUUCCCAAAAAGCUUCUGCAGGGACCUUGCCUGCUUUGGGCAUGCUGGGUAUGGGCUGGACAGGACUGUAAAUCCACCCCCACCCAGGUACCGCAAGUUUUUGUUUGUUUGCUCAUUCUAACAGAUGACAAAACUGAGUCUCACAGAGAUUAAAUGACUGGCCCAAGGUCUUAGUGCUUGGGCUCCUAAAUCUCUAAGACUGCUAACCUUUCGCUUAGCCUGGAUAUUAGGAUUGCAGCCUGGGUCUUCCAUGCUAUUUUUAGCUCAAGAACAGGAAUCUGCAAAAAACUGGCAGGACAGCAAAAUGAUUCUGAGCAAGAACUUUUACAAAGGUGACUCCUCUCUGAAAUAAUCCAGAACAUCUACCCACCAGGAUGUGGGGCCCCUGGAUCUCCUCUCUGCCCUCAGCCCCAAAACUUCCAAACAGACCCCUCACGGUCCAGUUACAGGUGGGCACUCUGAGCUGGCGGCCUCAUUGUUCUCUCGAACCUGUCUCUUCCGGAGUCCUUAGGAGUCUACACCUCUCAGAAGUUCUGGCUCCAAGAGAGGGUCUAGGUAGCAUCCAGGGCAGGCUGGUCAGAGUCCUCUUCCUUCUAAGGCCCUUCUGGGCAGCAGGGGAGCUCCUGGUGGGCUGGAUAGAGACUAUCCAGGCCUGAGGGUCAGCCAGUGAGAUUGGCACCCUAGAUAGUUUGGAGAUGACACACACACAGGCCUCAGAGAUGCAAAUCACUUGCAUGUCUUAUCAGUAAGAAAAUCACAGACAGCCUCAGUGACUACUACUAGCAUCAACUGGGAUCGACUGGGAUCACCAGGUCUGCGGGAUGUGAUGGGCCUUGAGGGGAACAGUGUCAGUAGAGAACAGCUGGGACAGUGCUAAAUUCUGACUCUCAGAGAAGACAAAUCAUGGUUGGGGCUUAGUCUCAGCCCCUCUGUGCUUCUCUCUCUCUCUCUCCCUCCCCACGUCGGAAAAUCAAGAACAUUCACCCCACUCCGGGGUUUAUCUUCUUGUUUUUGCCUUUUCAUUGCUUUUGGAAACAGGAUGAACAACCAUGCUGGCUUCACGCUAUACUGUUAACUGUCAGAAUUCUGACAACUUUUUUUUUUUUUUUAAGUUAAUUAUUUUAUUUUAUUUUUGGUUGUGCUGGGUCUUCGUUGCUGCACGUGGGCUUUCUCUGGUGCUUAGCCUUCUCAUUGUGUGGCCUCUUUCGUUGUGAAGCACAGGCUCUAGGCUCUCGGGCUUCAGUAGUUGCAGCUCCCGGGUUCUAGAGCUCGGGCUCCGUACCUGUGGUGCAUAAGCUUAGUUGCCCCAAGUCAUGUGGAAUCUUCCCAGAUCAGGGAUUGAACCCGUGUUCCCUACAUUGCAGGGCGGAUUCUUAAACCCCUGGACCACCAGGGAAGUCCAGAAUUCUGACAACUUUGAAUCUCUCUGCACACAGUGGGGUCAUAAGGGUGGGGUAGUCAAAGAGUAGGUCAAAGGUGGUCAUUGCUUCCUUCGAGGUUUCGGAAUGGGUUAAGGGAUUGGCAUACUUUCUGGAAAGGAUAGUAAAUAUUCACAGGCCACAGACAGUCUCUGUGGCAUAUUCGUCUUUGUUGUUUGUUUCAUGUUGUUUUUUAAAAAAGCCUUUUAGAAUGUGAAAACCAUUCUUAGUUCAAGGGCUAUACAAAACCAGGCCCCAGGCAAUUUUUGGAAGGUUGCCAGCCCCAAUGAACCUUUGAAGGCAGGCCAUCUCUGCAGCUUGCAUCUGCCUCCCGGCCUGCCUUCAGUGCAGUGGGAACCUGAGCUGGAGGGCUGGGUCGGGUUUUGUUUUUCUUCUAAUGUUCCUUGAGAGAUUGGUGAGUGAAUUAUUUAGACUACAAAUGAGACAGCUUUAACUGAGUCGGAGAGGAAGAGCCUGCUCUCCUUGAAGCCAGGAUGUGGGCUUCUCUACUCCCUUCCCAUCCCUCGAGACUGUGUCCAGGAGAGAGGGAGAGGACUCCAGUCUCCUGCCCAUCUUGCUGCAUCUGCAGUCACUGGGCUGUGAGCUGGGGGAUGAUACUAUACCUGAGCUGCCAACCGCCACCAGCCCCUGCCUCAUCCAGGCUCCUUGGUCCUCCCUGACCUUCCUCAUCCUUGCUUCAGAGAAGACUGCUUUCCUUUGGCACAUGCUGGAGUUUGCUCAUUCAUUUUUUUAAACUCCUCAAAGCCUCCAUUUCCUCUUGACCCAUUCAUAUGUUUAUUUGAUGGGCUUUGAGGGGUAUUCUUUAUUUGGCCAGGAGAGCCCCAUACAACAGGAUCUGGUGGAGAAGGAAAAGCAUGUCAUCUCCCAACAGAAGCUCCCUUGGAUCCUGCUUCCAACUAAGUCAAUAUUUGUGCACAUUUUGUAGCUAUCUCAAUGGCAGUACAGGAAUGCAAAUGAAUUUUCCUGAAGUACAGAGGUCCUGGAGUCAUUUUAUGUUCCCUUUCUCCCUUAAGUGGGAUGGGCUCUCAGAUUUCCUGAAGUUGGCUGGUAACCCUACCCACCCAGCUUUGGAAGGAAGGUUGCCAACUGCAGAAGAUCAUGUGGCUAAUUUCUGGGGCCUCCUGGCAGUUUCAUUAAAGUCUGUGAGUGACAUCCUAAUUAAUGGCCCCUGACAGUUGGCUGGAGUUGAAGCCACCGCUUCCUAAAAUCACAAUCUUAGAGCUAGGAGGGAUUUUAGAGAUCAUUAACCAACACCCUCAUUUGAAAGAUGAAAAAAGGAAGGCUCAGAGAGGUAAGCUAAUUUGCUCAAAAUCACACAGCAAGCUGGUGGCAGAUCCUGCCCAGUGAUCCAGACAAGUGCUCUUUAUCCUACUGCACAUUGCCUCUUACCCUGGUAUAGAUGAGGGAUCUGGAAAGAAACCAGAAUGUUAGCAAGGAUGAAUGUGAAAGAGCCUCACUCUAAAAUCACUUGACCCUGUAAGUUCAAAAGAACAGAAUGAAGAAGAAUGGGAAGCACUUAGAGAUGUCUACACAGAAGGAGGGGAGAUGGGAUAAAAGGGGGGGAUUGAGAUCACUCAUUCAGAAGAACAUCAAAACACCAAAGCACUACACAAAAUAAUUAAAAUAAAGCUUGAUUUCUGUCCUUCUUGGAGGAGACAGAAUGGAGCCCUUAUCAGUCUUUGGGAGACCUGUGCACCCAGUUUUGAUGGCUUUAGGCUUCUUUAGAGCCUAGUACAGGGGUCUGCAAACCAAAGCCCAUGGGCCACAUCUUGUCCACCACCUGUCUUUGUAAAUAAAGUUUUAUUGGAAUAUAACCAUGCUCAUUUGCUUAUUAUUGUCUGUGACUACUCUUUCCUGCUAUGAUAGCAGAGCAAGUCAUUGCAGAGAAACCAUAUGGCCAACAAGACUUGUUGUUCUGUGCUUGUUAUGUGUAGAAGACAGACAGAUCUUGAAAAUGACAGUGAGUUAUCGUAAACUUAACCAGGCGGGCUCUAUUUUCAGUUUCUAUCCCAGACAUGGUUUCUUUACUGGAGCAGACAUGCUCUGACACCUAAUAUGAGCUAUUGAUCUGAACAUGAGUUUUCCUUCUUUGCUCACCUGCUUCUGCCAAAACUACCAUCUUGAACUUCUAGAAUAUCUUGUUCAUUCUCACAGCAUUCCACCAAGCAUAGUGUCUGACCAAGGAACUCAUUUAAAAGUAAAUGAGAUAUGUAUGGUAAAGGGCUCAUGAUCAUAGAACUCACAGGUCUUA